AUGUUUUUAGAGGAUAACACAGAAUCGCUAAAGAACACUUAUAAGACCGUUAAAUUGUACCCUGAGCUUCAGGGUACUGGAAAAGGUGAUAAAAAGCUAGAGGAUGAUAUGGUCGUGAGGCAGAAAUUCAAACCAUGUGUCUCAUUCAAUACUUUUCCGUCAUACAUGGGGGAUGACAAUGGGGAUGAUGGAUUAGACUUCCCCGGAGUGCAAAUACCCAAUGAAUAUACCAUGGAGGAGUACUACGAUGAUGAAUCUGGGUAUAUGUCUAAUAAUAUGGAAUAUUUUUUGAGGAAUAACUACCUUACGGAUAAUAGUAAGUUCGGAGGCUCUCCGCCACCUAGGAAUCUGAGCGACAAAGCAGCAGCACUAAACUCUAUGUUCAGGAUUGCACAAAAUGGUAAGAUAGUAAGAGUGGACUAUCCGACAACUCCGACGAUCACAAAUGAUGCCAUCAUAAUUAACAGGGCCCAGCCGGGAUGGAGCUCUGCAUGGCUUGCGAGGAAAUCCAGGAUUGAAGAGAGAAUUAAGGAAAAGCAGACGCAUUUCAGAUUCCCCCAUAUCACCUUCCCACAGCAGCCGUUGACUAAGAAGAGAAUAAUAAGUCAUGACGGGUAUACGCCAAUCUCGAAAGAUGAAAGGCGAAGGGAAAGGGUCUUGCAGGAGAAAGUCGGAUUUCCAAACUCUCCAAAGACCAUAUUAUGCCAUGUGAGUGGCAGACGCCAUACUUGGGUGGCAUUGGAUUGGGCUGUAAGAGAGCUGGCUCAAAGCACGGAUCACAUCGUGGUUGUCGCCAACAUACCUAGGUUCGCAACUGCGAAUUACGGUCGCAGUAGGUCUAAUAACCGCUUUGGAGCUCCCAAUGGUCGCCAUAGAUCCCGGUCAGCUGAACCCAAAAGUGCGUAUAUCACCGAAAGCCAGGGGGGUAGUGCAGAAUGGACCUCUGGCUAUUCCGCUGAAAUGGUGAGUAACAAGCUCGAAGAUAUACUUACAUAUAUCGCGGUAAUUGUGCCUAAAGAUAUUAAAGUCAAAGUGACAGUUGAAAUUGUCAUAGGAAAGACAAAGAAGAUAUUAGUAGAUGCCAUGAAUGUCUAUACACCAGAUUUUUGCAUUUCCACAACUCUAAAAUGGCAACGGACCGACAGUUUGAUCCUUUGGAAGGCCAAGAAUUUGACGGAUAUUCUGUGUACCAAGUAUCCUAUACCCGUCGUCGUUAUACCCGUUAAGAGGAUGUACGAAUUCGAAGCAGCUUUACAAAAAGAUUUUGCGCCCAAGGAGAACACAGGAAGCUCUUCUGAAGAUGUCUCGUCACAAUCAGUGGAUCAGCCGUCGAGACCCGAUGGACAAGCACCACAAUCGCCGACUAUAUGUCUUGAAGCGUCAGAUAUGGAUUCAGAGUCGGAUUUCUCUGAUUCGAACAGCGAUGGGGCCUCAGUCAGUACCACUUCAAAAGAAGAUCUCAUCGAAGCUACAAAGAAACACAGAGAAGAGAUAUCUGAGGGUCUAAAAGAACUCGAUGGCAAGGAACAUAAAACGGCCAUGCAAAAAAACACUGACAAACUAGACUUAAUUACACAGGCAUCAUUGACAUUUGCAAUGCAAGUACAAAAUAUGAACCAGGAAGACAGAGAAGCCGGAUUCACCCAGUUGAAAAGAGUGAUUACUGGCGAAACGGAAAACAAGACACAUACUGUUAGAUCUAUGGUUGAUGUCGGCAGUUACCCUAAGAAAUCUCACAACAAGCAUGUCCCUAGCACCAAACCUCGUACUAGUCAGAUUAAGUUUGCGUCCAAUGUCAACGCCAGGGAUGGUAAUCGUGCUCUUGGAAAUUCCAAGAUUAAGGUCACCUCCCCGGAAAGCUCUCCACCACCACCAACGCACCCGCGGUCGAGCCAUGAUGAACCUUUACGUAAGACGAAGAGCUCUCAACCAACAUCGAUCCGCAAAGUGAGAAGUGCAAGCAAUAUCUCCCGCGUGAAAUCGAAUGAGUCCAUGACAAGCAGUGGAUCAUCCUCCUCAGGCCGAAAGAAAGGUGGAUUCCUUUCUAUAUUCAGGCAUAGUGGCUCUCGAAGCCGCUCAACUAGUAGGCGUAAUAGUGAUGCCAGUGAUACGGACGCCGUAAGCCUAAACGAUAGUGAUUCGGGCAAGAAACGUAGAUCUAGACUAUUUGGAUUUGGUUAA